GGUACAUUCCGACGACGUCCUGCGCGGGAGCGGAAAACGUGCGUCGCCUCUGCGGAAAAGGGAGCGUUUUGUGUUAUUGGUGAAAUAACAUCGCAUACAGGCUUUAAUCAACUGCAACCAAUACCCUUCCCCUUUUCAAGAAGCCUGCACAGAACGGAGCUUGAUUUCCCAUUAAACAUGGCUCGAGAUUGGAAGCCAGGUGACCUUAUUUUUGCCAAAAUGAAGGGUUAUCCUCACUGGCCUGCCAGGAUUGAUGAAGUACCAGAUGGGGCUGUAAAACCAUCGAACAUCAAGUAUCCUAUUUUCUUCUUUGGCACUCAUGAAACAGCAUUUCUCGGGCCAAAGGACAUUUUUCCAUACUUGCCAAACAAAGACAAAUAUGCUAAACCCAACAAGAGGAAAGGCUUCAAUGAAGGAUUAUGGGAGAUCGAAAACAAUCCCAAAGUGGAGCUGACUGCACCCAAGCCGGUUCCUCCUCCGUCCUUCAUGGAGAAGGACUUGGACAGCGGUCCAGACGGAGAAGAAGAAACAGCCGAUAAAGGAAUCAAAUCCAAAGUUCCAGGAAAAGAGGCUGAGGAGGAGGAGGAAGAGAAGGAGGAAGGGUCUCUGAUGUCUGAGCAGGGUCCUCAGAACCAGGAUGUUUCUGCUCUGAAGGAGUCAAAUGAUCUAUUAAAACCCAAGAGAGGGAGAAAGAAAAAGACUGAACAGGAUAAUGACAAAGAGGAGGAUCCAGGGAGCCCUAUGAGUCAAUCAGGUGCAGAGGGUCCUAAACGAAGAGGCAGGAAGCCCAAAAGCGAGAAGCUGAUUUUGCUCCAGCAGGACCAGCAGGGAUCCGGAAGUGAAGUGGAAACAAGUGAGUCAGAGAGGAAGCGAAGGAGGACAGUGGACGACAAGCAGCAGAGCGGAGAGGAGGAAAAGAGGAAGAAGAGGGAGGGCAGUAAGGGAAAGGAAGCCGAGCUGAAAGAGUCUGAAGCCAAGAAGAAGAAGCUGUCGAAGGAUGACGGCUCCUCCGGCUCCGAUGACGACGAGUUUCAGAAAAGCAAAGGCAGGAAGAAGCUGCAGAACUCUGAACCGGAGAAAGAUGUGAGGCGAUGGAAAGCAGACGAAUCCAGAGAGCCUGAAAAAGAGGAUGUGAAGAAAAUGGAGGCAGGACCCAAAAAAAAAGAAAUGUCGACUGACCUGAAGCUCCAGAAGCUCCACAGUGAGAUCAGAAUUUCCCUUAAAAUCGACAACCCUGACGUGAAGAAGUGCUUGGACGCAUUAGAUGAGAUCGGCUCCCUUCAGGUGACGACUCAGCACCUGCAGAGACACAGUGAACUUAUUGCAACGCUCAAAAAGAUCCGGAGGUUCAAGGCCAGCCAGGACAUCAUGGACAAAGCCUCCAUGUUGUACAACAAGUUUAAGACCAUGUUUCUGGUGGGGGAAGGCGAGUGCGUGCUCAGCCAGGUGCUGAACAAGUCCUUAGCUGAGCAGAGGCAGCAUGAAGAGGCCAAGAAAGGAGCUCUGAAGAGAGUGGAGCACGUCAAGGACGGCAGCACAGACAAGGUGACCAACGGGGACAUCAGCCCUGAGGAGAAGAAGCAGGAGGUGGAGAUGGAAAAGCUUGAAGAUGCCUCAGCAGGAGAAAAUCACAGUCUUCUGAAAGCUCAGGAGUCCAGCUGAGCGUCCCGCCGGCCUGAAGAACGGAUUCGCUGCUGUACUGGGAAAACCGUCAUUCCAAUGGUUUCCAGUUUUCUGAACUUUAGUGUUGCUGCUCCACGGUUUCAGUUCACCGAUUACGUCUUGCUGCAUAGUUUAUUUUUGUACUUUGACACCUCGUGCUGCCUGCUGUUUGAUGUAUUUAAUUCAUGUCCGCGUCGCGCUCAGAAACCUGCAGGUGUGAAUGUUAAGAGAAAACAGGGUCAGGAACAUUUUAUUCCUUUACUUUCUUUCUUCAUCUUGAGUCCAUCAUUUCAUUUAAAGAGUUAGGACUAAACCGCUCCGGACUUGAAGUAGAGAAACUGUUUUAAUGCUCUGUGAUGCAUGUUUAACAGAUCAUCCUCUCCCAUCCAAACAGAAAGAUGUUGAAUUUGCCAAAGUUUCAUUAGCCGAGAAAGUGCUGUAUUUCCCACCAUGUUUAAGUGUCUUUUAAUGUCUCUUUUUAAAACCUAGAUGUAAAUAAGAGUAUUUUUGUGCUUUUGUCAUCAUCUAGUAAUAAAGUGGUAGUUACAGCA